AUGGCAUCUCUCGAGGACAACUUCUCGAUCCAGGUCUUCCUCAUAGUCUUUAGGGAGACUUUGGAGUCUGCUAUCAUCAUAUCCGUGUUAUUAGCAUUUGUUCAUCAAAGUUUCAGUCGUCAUGAACUUGAUAAAAAAGAAGUAUUGCCUGGUCUGGAAGCUUCUGAAACCCUUCUUGCGGUCCGUGAGGCAGCGUGGGAACCAGAACUGACUUCGGAACAAGAAGAAGAUGAUAAUAAGCUUCGGAAACAGUUGACAGUUCAAGUGUGGGUAGGUGGACUACUUGGAAUUAUAUGCUGUUUGAUCAUAGGUUCGUUUAUUCUUGGUGUGUUCUAUAUCUUGGGCAGUGAUCUCUGGUCGGUUGCUGAACACUACUGGGAAGGAACAUUUUCUAUCGUUGCCAGCAUCAUCAUAUCAGUGAUGGGAAUCAAGUUGUUGAGAGUGAGUAAGAUGCAAAAAAAAUGGAAACACAAAUUGGCCCAAAUGUUGAAUAAUCGAGGAGGAAUGAGAAGGAUCACUCAGCGUGAUUCCAGCAGUACUCCUGCCAUUGCUAACCUGGAAGAACCUCAAGGGAAAGUUGGUCGUUUCUCCGAAAAAUAUUCAAUGCUACUUCUUCCAUUUGUUACUACGCUAAGAGAAGGAAUGGAAGCUAUUGUGUUUGUUGGAGGUAUUGGAAUCAACGAAAACACCUCGAUUUGGGCUAUAGUCAACGGAGCUAUAGCUGCUAUUGCUCUCGGGUCGCUCAUUGGUAUCGUGCUUUACCGCUCUGGAAACACAUUGCCCCUCCGAUGGUUCUUGAUCUCGUCCACUUGUCUCUUGUACUUGGUAGCUGCCGGGUUAUUUUCCAAAGGAGUUUGGAAUUUUGAACUUCAACGCUUUAUCGAUAAGUGUGAUGGAUUUGAUGUGAGUGAAACCGGCCAUGGACCCGGUCUGUACGAUAUCGGUCAAAGUGUAUGGCAUGUCAAUUGCUGUAAUGGAGAAUUGCAAGAUGAUGGUCCUUACUGGAUGAUGGCUACUGCUAUUUUGGGGUGGACCAAUAGCGCAACUUAUGGCAGUGUCUCAAGCUAUAUUUUGUAUUGGGUGACAAUUAUUGCAGUAUUCACUCUGUUGACUUACGAAGAAAAACAUGGACGGUUACCGUUGAUUCCCCUUUCGUGGCAGAAAAAGCGCAUUCUCAAGCGCAUACGUUUCAUGGAUCAUGAAAUCUUGACAGUACAAGAAAAUGUCAGAGAGAGCAUCGAUAGUGUCAAUUCCAGAACACCGCUCCAAAAUUAA